UCCACCGCACCCACUGGAAGCUGGAGGCUGCGUGGGAAACUGGAGCAUCCCUGUUUUUUGUUGCCAGCCCCAGUGAACAAAAAAGAAGCGCACGGCCGGAGCCUCAUGCUGCCCUUCUGAGCAGACAUGGGAUGCAGGUGGGCAGGGACCGGCCAUCCAUCGCUGAGUUAGCCGACUCUAGCUUUUUAAAUCCCACGCUACGUGCAACACUAUGGCUAAACAGUACGAUGUGCUCUUCCGACUCCUGCUUCUCGGAGAUUCUGGGGUUGGGAAAACAUGUUUGUUAUGCAGAUUCACGGACAACGAAUUUCACCCGUCUCAUAUCUCCACCAUCGGGGUCGACUUCAAAAUGAAGACACUAGUAAUAGAUGGUAUCAAAGUACGGAUACAGAUAUGGGACACCGCAGGCCAGGAGAGGUACCAGACCAUCACGAAGCAGUACUACAGACGAGCGCAGGGAAUCUUCCUGGUGUACGAUAUCACGAGCGAGCGAUCUUUCCAACACAUCAUGAAGUGGGCCAGUGACGUGGAUGAGUACGCCCCCGACAAGGUGCAGAAGAUCCUCGUAGGGAACAAGUCGGACGACGUCGACAAGAGGCAGGUGGCCACGGAGCAAGGUGUCAAGCUGGCCAAGGCUUAUGGGAUGGACUUCUUUGAGACAAGUGCCUUCACCAACCACAACAUAACAGAGACUUUCACACGACUGGCCGAGCAGGUGCUGGCGGCCAACAAAAAGGACCUGGAUCUGCUCCGGAUGUCCAUGAACGACGAGCUGAACCUGGCCGCUCUGGAGGAAGAGGAGGGGCUCUGUGACGGAGCCGCCGGCGACCAGGGCAAAGGCUGCUGGUGUUAGAGGGGAUUUCUUUCUUUUCUUUUUCUUUUUUUUGUUUCUCUCAACCCAAAACACACAUGCCACCACCGCAGUACACUUCUUUUGCACGCUCUUGGGGACCAAAAAAAAAGAAAAGAAAAAAAGACGUGUCUCCCUUUUUUCUUUUCAUUUCAUUAUUAAGCCAGUAUCACGAGAGAGACAUUUGUUUUUUCGAGGAUAAAAGGGUGGAAACAUUUUUUUGCUGCAAAGUGCCAACUGACCACCUGAAUGCCACGCUUUCACUAAGUGGGGCUGAAUGUUCAUCGUCUGAAGCGCUGGUACCGGCUCGGAUGAUGUAACCACCUGCAACAGCCCCCUCCCCUUCCUGUAAAUCUACACAAGGAGAGCUGGAAAUGAAGAUUUAAUUCCUGUUCACAUCACGUAGAAGAUAAAUCCUCUAAAACUAAUGUAUUUCUAAUCAUUUUCCAAGCAUAUACAGUAUUUUUAAGCUUCCAUCUACCCCCUCCUUUACUGUUUUACUUGAGUAUGCUUCAGCUGUAAUGUAAAGAAGAUACCACAAGAGGGUGCUACAUGCAUUGCAAAAGAAAAAAGUAAGCUAGUGGUGCACAAUUUCUUUCUUUUCUUUCUUUUUUUAAUUAUUAUUUUCGGUUGUAAUUGCACUUGCAGCGGGUACCUUUAAAGGGAUGAAAGGAUUCUAAAUAUGCAGUCGUGUUGUUUUCUGUUUUAUUUGUGCAAACGUUUCCCAGCAUCCUCAUGUAUACGCCCGAACACUGAGAUGCAGAAGGUCCCUGUAGCAAAUCAGAAGGUAUUUUUUUAUUUUAUAGUGGACGUUUAUAGCAGACGGAUGGGCCGACGGUGUGAUAUCUGCCCGUUGCGUUGUACAUAUCCCUUUUUUUUGGUUUUGUUUUGUUUUUCCUGAUGAGCAUAAUGCCGUAUUAUUACCAUUAGAGGGGCUGCAUAACAGAAAAGGUCCACAUGGAUGUUCUAGCUGGUCUCAAGUGUUCCCUUUGUGACGAUGACCUCAUUGUUUUGUGGAGACGCCGUUUCUUUUUCCACCUCCCCCCCACCUUUCGCGGAUUUAACGAGGGACGCGUGAGGUUUGCAUGCGAGUCUUUUUACUUUCUUUUAUUGCAACUUCAGUGAAGUUAAUAACCAUGUAACGCAACACAUAAAAAAAAGAAAAGAAAAAAAAUAGCAUCUGACCAGAGCUGCCUGCCCUUUGGAUGUGGAGAGUCACGCAGAGCGACCGGACGUAAAGAAGAAGAAGAACUUUGGCUACACAUUUAAUUAAUGAAUUAAUUUGUGAAUUGGCAGUAUGUUGUGCUGAAUGACGUUCUGGACUGAACUCUAGAUACCUGUCUGUGUUGUUUUCAGGAGGUUUUUUCCCGCCCCCACUUCCUUUUAAUUUAAUGUAUUCGUGGAACUAUAUUACAUGCGACAUGUGGAGAAAAAAAAAAAAAUGCAACAUGUUAUUCCUCGGAAGAAAAGAUGUCAGAUGUUUAUGAGUAAAUACUUGCAGAUAUAUA